AUGUCUCACGGUUCGAUGGCCAGCUCGUUGCAGGAGCAAGUUGCGGUAGACGAACUGGGAUCAGACCACUUCAUCAGUCGCGUCGAUCCCGCCCGCAUGGGAAAUAAGGCAAAUAUUGCAUACGGAGGAUGUACCAUCAGCAUCGGCGUUCAAGCGGCAUGCAGCACUGUAUCACCCAAGUACCUGCUCUAUUCGGCGACGGGCAACUACCUAGGCCCGGCAUUGACAGACCGCAAGCUCAAAUGUGCUGUCCGAAGAGUCCGCGAUACGAGAACCUUCGCCACCAGGUUGGUUGAGAUCAGCCAAGAUCAGGACGAUGGCAAAUCCAGACUAUGCAUGAUAAUGCUGGCCGACUUCCAAGUGAAAGAAGAGGCUUCUCUUCUCGUAUACUCUGCGCCGCCAUCAAUGAGCUAUUCACCACCUGAGAAAUGUCUCACAACAAAAGAGGCAACCGAAGACAAGGUGCAGAGAGGCGUUGUGACAAAAAAGCUGGGGGAUCUGUACCUGGCCACGUUUGGCUUCAACAGCCGCUUCUUCGAGACCCGCGGC